AUGUCAGCCCUAUUCCAGCGCGACACUGGAGUGACAAUACAGACAAAGGUACUGGAGCGCUCGCUAGAGAUUCGUCAAAUCCCUCAUGUCUUCAAAACGGAAGAGUAUACAGUACGAUUCGAAGAUAGCUUCAUGGCUUCCAUCAUCGCGCAGCUCCAUGGGAAUUUGUCCUCCCACUGGAUGUAUACUGCUGCAAACCAACUGACCUUGAAUGCGUCUGAGCCAGCCUGGAGUAAGGAUGGAUGGAGCUUUGUUCCGGUCGAUCUAAGUACCGUCAGCCUUCCGAUUCCGGAGAAGACUCUUGACAUCAAUGAUCAGGGAGGCCUUGGCAAAAGUUCUCAAAUCAAUGUCUCGCUUGCUACGCCCGCUAUCCGUGGUAGAGUCGAAUGCAGUCCCUAUGAAGGCUUGUUGAACCUUUCUGCGUGGUUAACACCUACGGACGUGAGCAAUUCGUCCACUUGGAGUUUGAGCCCGAGCGCUGAGGAUCUCAAGAUGGCGUAUGAGUUGGGAGUGGGCUAUAAACUUAACGGAUACCGACCAAGCAUGAUAUUCCCUGAACCGUCAGACAACUACACUAGCUGUGUUCAGUGCACUCCUAUCUUUGCCAAUCCAUCCAUGAUCACGUGCUGUGGUAACGGGACCGACACUGGGGCAGAUCCGAUGGCUGCUGUCGGAUAUUGGUCACCUAAUGGCAAUCCGGGACGAUGGAGCGUAAGGACCUGGUCACGUAACUUCACAACCAAAUGGAUACAUGGCCAUGCGCGAUCAGCGAUCGAAUUGAUCGAACCCCAGGGCACUGAACUGCCGCAUCUGUUGUUCACAAAUAUACCUUCCAUAACGGCCAUGAACUGUAUGCCGUUGGUGGAAACAGCCAAUGCAGAGGUGACCGUGGAUCCUGCCACUGGUGAAGUUCGAGCAUUCGAGAUCACAGAGAAACCAAAGGUUGCGGAUAAUGCAUUUUCGGACGUCUUUCUCCCUCAUAGAACGUCUGACCAGGUACUAUCGGAAAUCAGGUAUAAUGCAACCGUCAGCUACGGAGUGCUUUUCAUGACGCAGAUGCUAACCGCAGCGAACGUUCAAAAACUCUAUGGAGCAAGUCGGCUGGUAGGCUGGACCGUUGAGGAUACAAGCGACAGUACCUUCAAUAUUCGCGACGAAGCGCACGGGUUGAAUAUGGACUUCAUGUCCUAUUCCAUGUACUCCCUGGCAGGUAAUGACCCGGCGGCCCUUCUUGACCCUACGGUCUUCUCACGUCUCUCGUCGAAAACAUUUUCCACCUUCUUUCAGCAUUUCGCAAACAGCAACAUCUCCAUGAAAACUGGUAGCUGGGCGUAUCAGCCCAUUAACGCGAGCUUGCCGUCAGACCUUACCCCGGCCGUCACUGACGCUACGCUUCUGGAGGAUGCACCGCUUACAGCCUAUCAAGAUGAAAUCCACCCAAUUUCUCAUACAAAUCGGACGGUCGUGGUGAGGGUUUCUCAAAGGGUCGAGAUGCUAAAGAUGAACGCUGUCGCCGUGUGGCUCAGCGUGAGCAUCUUAGCGUGGCUUAUCAUCGCCACACUUAUCGUCACAAUAUUCCAUCGACAGUACCUGAGACGGUUGAUUCGAAACGUGGAAUGUCUAGGAGACAUGCUGAUUUUGACUGCUGGAAGUGAGAGCCUGGUGCAUAUGAUCCGGGAGAUGCAAGCCGGAAAGCUUACUGAGAGCGAAGAGAGGCGUCUUUGCGCACGACUAGGCUGGUUUCAGGAUGGUGAUGGGAAUGCCAGAUGGGGAGUCGAAUUGUUAGAGGGUUAUAUGGGCCGGCCGCCAGUACGGUGGCUGAAUGAUGAUGAAAGGAAAAAUAAUAGAGGGGAGCAUGCAGCCGAUACUAGCUCGGUGUAG